CUUGCCUGGCAUACCGACGACCAGACUUUGCGCUCAAAGUUUGAAGAGUUCGGCCCAGUCGAAGAAGCUGUUGUCGUCAAGGACCGCGAUACUGGUCGCAGCCGAGGCUUUGGCUUUGUUCGCUAUGCGCAGGAGACUGAGGCCGAUGCUGCCAUGCAAGCCAUGAACAACGAGGAGUUCGACGGACGUAGGAUCCGUGUCGACAAGGCCUCAGACCGCCCUGGUGGUGGUGGCGGUGGUGCUCCCCGCGGCGGAGGUUAUGGAGGAGGA